AUGUAUUGCCAACGAACAGUUGGGCUUGAGAUGACUAAAUUACAGGACAGUCAAUCUGCAGAAAAAUUGGCCAAAUAUAUGGAACAAAAAUUGUUUAAACAAUGCAAUACCGCUUCAAAAAUUAGAAAUGCGAAAAAUAAUUUAGGAAUGUCACACGGAAUUAAACAAUUGGGAAUAAAAUCUGACAACAAAAGGCAGUUCACCAUGCUAUCAGUCCUUCAUGCAGUAUUUCAUCCUAUCUUAACUUCGUGUAAGCUAAAUUCAUUCAAUCAUGAAUAUGAAUAUUUGUCCCAUUCCCCUAUUAACACAUUCAAGCAACUGUUCAUUCAGGCAGUUCGACAUCAUAUACGCAUUGUUUGCAAUUCAAUUUCACUAAAUCAUGUAGAAAAUAAAAUCCUUCAUCCAACGAUCACUACAAUUUUCCCAUUCAUUACUUCAUGCAUUUAUUCAUUCAUUUUCUAUUUACGUGGUUUCAACUCACUAAUUCUUCUAAAUAAAAGUAAUAAUUCAUUCAAUGAUCUGUUCCUUUCUACCAUUAACCCCGCCUGCCAUCAUUCCUUCACACAAUUCCUCCAUUAA